GAGUUUUUCUUCUUCUUCUUCUUUUGGAUUCCUUUGUUUUCAUUUUCUUUUUAUAUUUCUUUCUCUCUAACCAAUCAAGUGAAACCUAUUUCUUUCCCAAUUUUCUUUUCCUUUUCCUCAUUUUACUUCGAAACAAACAGACCCUUAUUAAAGUCCCACGAUUCCGGCCACCAAAAUUUCGAUCUAGGGUUUCGAUCAUCUUAUAGAAUUAAGAAAAUUUAGCUAAACUUCGUUUAAUUCUUCGCCAAUUUUAGUUCGAGAAUCGACUAGCGAUGGCAGUUGAAGCCGAGCAGCGAGAGUACGCCCCCAAGAGCAAGAAGCCGUCGGAAGAAGAGGAGAAGAGGAGGAAAAAAGUGACACCGGGAAGUUUGAUGAAAGCAGUUGUCAGACAUGGCGGCGGCGAUGAAAAGCCUGUUGACAAAGAUCAGGUUAUAUAUCAUUGUACUAUUCGAACACUAGAAGGAGUUAUUGUUCACUGCACCAAGUCUGAACAUGGAGGAAAGGGUUAUCCUAUCAGACAAGUCUUGGGGAAGAGCAACAUGAUACUCGGACUUUCUGAAGGCAUUCCCACCAUGUUGAAGGGUGAAGUGGCAUUGUUCAAGAUGAAACCUGAGAUACACUAUGCUGAGGAUGAUUGUCCUGUUAGAGCACCAGAGGACUUUCCUGUCGAUGAUGAACUUCAUUUUGAGAUUGAGAUGCUGGAAUUUUCUAAAGCCAAGGUUAUCACUGAGGACUUGGGAAUUGUGAAGAAGACAAUUACUGAAGGCCAAGGAUGGGAAUGCCCGAGAGAACCUUAUGAAGUAAUAUCCAGGAUUGUUGCAAAAGCUGUUAGCGGAAAGGUGAUUCUGCCACAGAAAGCUGAACCUUAUUGCUUUACAUUUGGUAAAUCAGAGGUACCAAAAGGACUUGAAAUGGCAGUUGGGACAAUGACACGAGGAGAGAAGGCAGUAAUUUUUGUUAGUCACAGCUACUUGACGGGAUCUCCUUUGAUGCCAAUGGUAGAAGGCGUGGAAGAGGUUGAAUUUGAGGUGGAGCUGGUUCAUUUUGUUCAGGUGCGAGACGUGCUUGGUGAUGGGCGUCUUAUAAAGCGCCGUGUGCUUGAUGGAAGAGGCGAGUUUCCUAUGGAUUGCCCUCUUCAUGAUAGCUUACUGAGGGUGCAUUACAAAGCAAUGCUUCUUGAUGAAGAAGAAACUAUAUUUUAUGAUACGAAGGUUGACAACCAUGGCGAGCCUUUGGAGUUCAGUUCUGGAGAAGGGCUUGUACCUGAGGGACUUGAGAUGUGUAUCCGUUUGAUGCUUCCCGGAGAAGUUGCUGUUGUGACAUGCCCGCCAGAUUAUGCAUAUGAUAAAUUUGAAAGGCCUGCUGAAGUUCCUGAGGGUGCUUAUGUUAAAUGGGAAAUUGAGCUACUUGGCUUUGAAAUGCCAAAGGACUGGACAGGUUUGAACUUUCAGAGUAUAAUGGAGGAAGCGGACAAGAUAAAGAACACAGGUAACAGGCUAUUCAAAGAGGGAAAAUAUGAACUUGCUAAGGCGAAGUAUGAGAAGGUUCUUCGGGAAUAUAACCAUGUGAACCCCCAGGAUGAUGAGCAGGGCAAAAUCUUUCUGAAUUCAAGAAACUCAUUGCACUUAAACGUGGCGGCCUGCUUGCAGAAAAUGGGUGAAUACAGGAAGUCAAUUGACGUGUGUAACAAGGUACUAGAUGCAAAUCCUGUACAUGUCAAAGCUUUAUAUCGACGUGGCACGUCCUACAUGUUAGUGGGAGAUUUUGAUGAAGCAAGGAAAGAUUUUAAUAAGAUGAUUAGCAUUGACAAGUCUUCAGAGCCUGAUGCAAAUGCUGCUCUUCUCAAGCUAAAGCAAAAGGAGCAGGAGAUAGAGAAGAUGGCUAGGAAGCAGUUCAAAGGACUAUUCGAUAGGAAACCGGGAGAAAUUUCUGAAGUGGAAACAGAACCGGGAGAAAGCCAGGCUUCUAUUGAGCAGAACCAAGAAGUUGGUGGGUUAAGGCAGCGUAAGGGUGCACAAGUAGGUCGAGGUGGAACACUUGAUUUCGAAGAAAAAAAGAGAGGGUUGUUUGCUGGCCUCUGGCCCUCGGGCAGAAGAAUCUUUACGGCUCUUGGAUUGAACAAGUGCACGAUAUUGUGAUGCUUAUGGCUACGUGAACGAUGGAGAUGACUACCCCAGAAAUAGAGAAAGAAAAAAAGUUUACUCUCUGUAGGCUGUGAGCUUGACAUUACAUUUGCCUAAAAAAGGUCGAGUAAUUAUUCGCUACUUUUUUUUAUUUUUAGAAUAGACCAAUUUCAGCGCGCGAUAUGCAUCUAGAAUCACGUCGUGAUCAGGGAAUGCAAAUUCCCUCAUGGUUCGUUUCGAAAGUGCGAUUUGCGGAAAUUCAUUAGUUUCGGAGUUGUCAUUUCUUGUUGAUGAGGUUGGCAUUGUCAGGCCUUUGGACUUUCCGUGCUUGAAUUUUGGACUAUAUGUUUUAUUUAUUCUGGAGCUUUGUUUCCCA